GCUAUUGUUUGCGUUGAUUCUGCGAGGCUUGACAUGUCGGAGACGGCUCCUGUCGCCGCGCCCGAUGUGGCUACCGCCGAUCCGGCCCCGGCCAAGGCUGGGGCAGCUAAAAAGCCGAAGAAAGCGGCGGGUUCCUCCAAAGCCCGCAAGCCUGCGGGUCCCAGCGUCACCGAGCUGAUUACCCAGGCUGUCUCUGCUUCUAAGGAGCGCAAGGGGCUUUCCCUUGCUGCACUCAAGAAGGCGCUGGCCGCCGGCGGCUACGAUGUUGAAAAAAGCAAUAGCCGCAUCAAGCUGGGGCUCAAGAGCCUCGUCAGUAAGGGCACCCUGGUGCAGACCAAAGGUACUGGUGCCUCCGGCUCCUUCCGACUCAGCAAGAAACCUGGAGAAGUGAAGGAAAAAGCCCCCAAAAAACGGGCAGCCGCAGCCAAGCCCAAGAAGCCAGCGGCAAAGAAGCCCGCUAGCACCGCUAAGAAGCCUAAGAAAGCUGUGGCAGCGAAGAAAAGCCCUAAGAAAGCCAAGAAGCCGGCAGCAACGGCGGCCAAGAAAGCGGCUAAGAGCCCCAAGAAAGCAGCUAAGGCUUCUAAGUCUAAAAGGGUGGCAUCAACAGCGAAGAGCCCGGCCAAGGCAAAGGCGGUGAAGCCCAAAGCAGCUAAGCCUAAGGCAGCCAAGCCCAAAGCAGCCAAGGCAAAGAAAGCAGCCCCGAAAAAGAAAUAAUCCUGAAAAAUUAUUUUGCCUUGUACAUAAAUCCAACGGCUCUUUUAAGAGCCACCCAAGCUUUCCCGAAGAAGAGCUGAAACGCUU